AUGGCGGACUCGGAAGAGCUGGAGCUGACACCUACCAGCAACCCGUACCUGGAUUUCUACCGCAAGUUCGUGCGUGAACACCCAGGAGAUCUCACAGCGGUUUUUGACCCGGAGCUGAGCGAUGAAGCGCGCUCCGAGAUGUAUGCGGCGCUGGACGUGAGCGUGGCGAUGAAAUACUCGUGGGCAAUUCCUGAUGAGCGUGCGCUGCAGAUUAUCAAACAUUAUGGACCGAUUGUAGAGAUGGGAGCAGGUAGCGGAUACUGGGCUCGCCUGUUGCAGCUACGUGGCGUGGAUGUUGUCGCCUAUGAUCUGCACGUUGCUGGAGAAGAAGAGGAGAAGGAACAAGAGGGUGACGAUCAAGAGAAGGAGAAUGGUAAAACUGCUGCUACGAGUGGCGAAGAGAGUCAUGGCGAUGCCGAGGAGACACAGGGCAGCGUGGAGCAGGUCUACUGGACGGAUGUGCUCAAGGGAACACCUAAGGACUUACGUAAGCACGCGGACCGCGCGUUAUUCCUGUGCUAUCCGGACGAUUUCGAAGACAGCCACGAGUCAAUGGCGAUGGCAAGCCUCUGUAAUUACGCAGGGGAUACUGUGAUCCAUGUCGGAGAGUUAUUCGGCCAAACUGUUUGCCUUCCUGGCGCUUGGUGA